CCCUACGCGCUCUCCGGCAAGCUCCUGGUCGCCGCGGCCGGGGCGCUCCCGGGCGUCCUCCUGGCCUUCAUCGCGCUGCACGCGUACAGCAGCGCCCGGCGCCGGCGCUCACGCAACCGCAUCCGUCUCCGCCACAGCCUGCCGUCCAUCUCCAGUGGCGCUGUCCAUGGCGGCGUGGCGGUGGCGCCUUCGCCGCGGCGGCUGGACCCCGCGGUGCUCCGCGCGCUCACCGUGGCCGCCGCGGGCGAUGGCGCCGGGGACUGCGCGGUCUGCCUCGCGGGGCUCGAGCGCGGUGAGGAUGCACGCGCGCUGCCGCGGUGUGGCCACCGGUUCCACGUGGGGUGCAUCGAUGCGUGGUUCCACGGGAACUCCACGUGCCCGCUGUGCCGCGCGGACGUCGAGGCACCGGACAACGAUGCCGAGGCCGAGGUGCGCGUAGACGUGGAGAUGAGGGAAGCCGCGGUCAAGGGCAGUGCGCCGGCGACGAGGAGGCUGUCGAUCGACACGGAUCUUGACAAGUGGAGCCGGGCAUUGGCUUUCGUCCGAUCUGCUUGCUUCUGA